AUGCGCUGCCAUCCAGCGGUUCCUCUGUUCUUUGCCAUCUCACCUGCUCUGGCCAUUCCUCCACCGGACUUUGGCUUCCCCGAGGCACCAAACGACACGGCGCUGUCCAUUACCUACCAGAACAACGGCAAUCCCGUCGUUGUCACAGAAGCGGAACUAUUUGGUGUUGAGAUUACCUCCAAAGAACCCACGGUUGCUGUAGAGACAUCCCGGUUCCAGUCCAUUUUCAGCUAUAAUGGAUCAUAUGUCCUCCUGAUGGUUGACCCUGAUGCAAGAUACCCUCAAGAUCCGACCGCUCGAUUCCUCCUGCACUGGUUGCAAACCGAUAUGACACUAGGGCCGCAGGCCGCUGAUGGAACCAGUCAACUGAUCAAUUCCACUGAACCACGGGCACCGUACCGAAAUCCGUCUCCUCCCACUAACUCCUCUGCCCAUCGAUACAUUUUCUACGCCUUCUUUCAGCACGAGAACUUCACCCUUCCCUCGGCCUUCGAGGGCUACAGCGCUACAAAUAGGACCAAUUUCAACUUGACCAUGUUUCUGGAUGAGUCGAACCUGGGUCGUACACCAGCGGCUGCCAUGUAUUUCUUCGUCAGCAACCAGACUCAAGUUCCUCAAGAUUUUACCGCAGCGGCUGGUGGAACGUACCCAGGCGGGAACGGAGACAUGAUUACUGCUGGUCCGGGUCCCAGCAUCACACCUGCCACGACACUUGCCACCGCUGGAGCAUCCACGACUGCAACAGGCUCCUCCAGCUCUAUACCAAGUGGCGUCUCCGAAACCGCUACGGCAACAGGGUCAGCUUCCUUGGCCUCGGCCACAAACGGUGCGGUUCAUACAAAAGUAAGACCCGGUGUUUUUCUGCUGGCCUGCUUCAUGGCCCUGCCGAACGCGCUAUAG